AAAAGCACCAGUGCAGCUGAGCAGAAGCAGUUCUAGUUCCUUUGUCGCACCGUUCGAGUCUCACGUUAGGAAUCGUAUCCAUUUUUUUCUUAAUUCCGAAGCAACAAUGAAGGCUGUUCUUGUGGUUUACUUCGCUCUUCUGGCCAUGUGCUACGCCGAGUGGCGCAUCCAGACGGCAGAGGAUCUGGGCAAGUACCGGACCAAGUGUGUGGAGGAGCUGAAGAUCGAGGAGGCCGCCGUGACGGAGUACAGGAAGUGGAACUUCACAGAUGACGAGAAGACGCGAUGCUACAUCAAGUGCAUCUUCACCAGCAUGGAGCUGUUCAACGACGAGACCGGCUACAACAUUGAGCAUCUCGUGGAGCAACUGGGCCAGGGAGGUGACAAGGAGAAGGUGCGCGAGCAGAUCGUCAAGUGUGCCGAUGAGAAUCCCAACAAGGACGACAAGUGCACCUGGGUGUUCCGCGGCUUCAACUGCUUCAAGGCGAACCACCUGAGCAUCAUCAAGAUGAGCCUGAAGAAGGACUAGAGAACUCUCCCCCACAGACAUCACAAAAUCCCCCGCAGAUGCGAUACACACGUCUCACCCAGGCUAUCACACGCGAUGUUCAUUGAUGAAGGAAUUAUGAGUGGAAAGUUUUGUGGGUAAUUGAAUAAAUACUGUUGUCGCUGGACGAAUUGGUCUCUCCACUCCCUCGGCAAGCACCGGAUGCAUCAAUAUAGGAUUUCACCGGGCAAAUGCUCUCCAUUAUGUAAUUUCUUCCAAAUUAAAAUUUCACCUCGCAAUCAAAA